AUUCUCGGAAUUCCUUUGCUAUUAUUGGAAAAAUGAACAUAAAAAAAUACUUUUUGUCAACUCGAUCCCGUGGUUGAAUUUAAUAUGCCACUGAUUGAUACACUGCAAAGCCAUAUUUCAUCGCUCUAUAUCGCUCCACCGCGAGUAGAUUUUCCGGCAUGGCGGAAAGCGGCGGAGCUGGGCGUGGCAACUGCUGUUGCAGCUUCAUAUUCACUUCAGGUUUGACAGCUCUCUUCUUGUGGCUAAGUCUACGUACCUCAAAACCCACUUGCUCCGUACAGAACUUUUUGGUUCCUUCACUCAACAAAACCGACAACUCCACCACCACCAGGAACAACCACACCAUUUUCUUUGACAUCAAGCUUGAUAACGGGAUGAAAGACAAAGGCGUACACUAUGAUACCAUAAAUUUAACCUUCUUCUAUGAUCAAAAUUAUAGCUUUCCUAUAGCCACCUACACAGUGCCGGGUUUCUACCAGGGUCACAAUAAGCAUACUAGCCGGAAAGCGGUGGUGGAGACUAAUGGAGUGCCGUGGGAGGCGGCGUUUGAGGCUGUCUCAAAUGGGUCCACGGUGGCUUUUAGAGUGGGAUUGGCUACUAGAGUGAAGUUCAAGAUCUUGGUCUUCUAUACCAAGAGACACAGUCUGAUUGUGAAGGCGGAUAUACCGGUUAACGACUUCGGUAAGAAAGUGAAUAAGAAAGGUAUCAAACUCAAGUCGAACUCACCACAUCCGUUGAGCCAUAGGCUGAGACUGGAAUUUUUGGGGGUUAUUUUCAUUGCCUUGAUAAUCUUUUUGCUGUAAUUCUUUGCUUAAUUCGUUUUCAAGCUUUUGUAGAAGCUAAAACAAUUUCUGAUCUGUCUAAGAGUGAUUUGAAUUGCC